AUGGCUCUUCAUCUUCCCCAGGCUGCUUCUCUCCCUUUUGGCUCUCUCACUAAAAUGCUUCCUCUGAAUAAAACAUCCUCUUCUGUUUCAGCCAUAUCCAAAAGCUUCAAUGCUACUACUUCUCUUAAAAUCCAAUGCAAGGCCCCAUCAGUUAUUGUUUCUGAUCAAAGCCAGCAAGUUUCUCGUCGAUCUGGAGACUUCAAGCCUGAUGUUUGGCACUACGACUAUAUUAAGUCAUUGGACAAUAAUUAUAAGGAACAUGCAUAUGAAGAAGAAAGCAGAAUGCUUAGGGCUGAAGUUAGGGUAUUUCUUUCAGACACAGUGAAUCCUCUGCAACAACUUGAGCUUAUUGACACCUUACAAAGGCUUGGACUAGCUUAUCAUUUCAAGAGUGAAAUAAACAAAAUGCUGGAAAAUAUUUACAGCGUGGACAAGUUCAAGAACAAGCAGAAUCUGCAUGCCACAGCUCUUGAAUUUCGACUCUCAAGGCAACAUGGCUAUGAUAUACCUACAGAUGUGUUUGAUAGCUUUAUAAACGAUGAGGGUGAUUUUCAAACGAGUUUAUCUCAGGAUAUUAAGGGAAUGCUUUCAUUAUAUGAAGCUUCAUUUCUUUUAAUGGAAGACGAAACUAUUUUGGAAAAAGCUACAGAUUUUACCUCAAAGUCUCUUAGAGAUUUUAUGAGCAGGAACCCUGGACAUGAACUGACAUCCCAAGUGAAACAUGCUAUGGAGGUUCCAUUACAUUGGAGGCUACCAAGAUGGGAGGCUCGUUGGUUCAUUAGUGAAUAUGAAAGAAUGCCUAAUAUGAAUUCCAACUUGCUUCAGCUUGCCAAAUUGGAUUAUAACAUGCUUCAAGCCAUGUAUCAGGAGGAAGUGAAGUCCAAUAUAAGAUGGUGGGAGAGAACUGGUCUGGAAGAGAAGAUCAAUUUUUACAGGUGUAGGGUGGUGGACAACUAUCUCUGGGGCUUAGGAAUGAAGGAAGAACCACAUGUUGAAAAGUUAAGAAGAGUUAUUGGAAAUCUUUGCGCCAUAAUAACCUUGACCGAUGAUAUGUAUGAUGUUCAUGGGACUUUGGACGAAUUAGAGCUCUUCACAGAAGCUAUUCUCAGUGGCAAGAUUUCUGUAAGGCAUUUAGGGUUGAGGCCAGAUGGUACCAUGGUGGAAAAACGCCAAGCCUGA